AUGAUUGAUAUCAACUUACUUCUAGAAGAUCGUGGUGGUAAUCCUGAAGCUGUCAAGGAGUCUCAAAGAAGACGUGGAGCUCCAGUUGAGAUUGUGGACGAAAUUAUUGCUGAAUACAAAGAAUGGACUACCAUUGCCUUUGACAGUGACCAAAAGAACAAGGCUAUGAAUGCUUUACAAAAAGACAUUGCUAAAAAAUACAAGGCCAAGGAAGAUCCUUCUGAACUCCUUGCUCAAAAGGCCGAGUUGCAAAAAGAAAAGGAAGCCCUGAUUGUCAAGGCUAAAGAAAAGGAAACCUCUUGGAAGAACAAGUUGAACCUUCUUGGCAACAUCGUUCAUGCUUCAGUGCCUACCUCGAUGGACGAAGAUAAUAAUGAGAUCAUUCGUACCUACAACCAUAACGGAGUUGAACCUGUCAAGCGAACAGAUAUCAUGUCCCAUCACGAAGUUCUCACUCGUUUAGAUGGUUACGAUCAAGAACGUGGCGCCAAGGUGGCUGGCCACCGUGCCUAUUACUUGACUGGUGCUGGCGUUGAUCUCAAUUUGGCUCUGAUCAACUAUGGUCUCAGUUUCCUUGGUAGAUAUGGAUACAAGAAGAUUCAGACACCUUUCUUCAUGAACAAGGAUAUGAUGGCCAAGACAGCUCAAUUGUCCCAAUUUGAUGAAGAACUUUACAAGGUCACUGGUGAUGGUGAUGACAAGUACUUGAUUGCCACCUCUGAACAACCCAUCUCUGCAUUCCACUCGGGUGAAUGGUUUGAAAAGCCCAGCGAACAACUUCCUAUCAAGUAUGCCGGUUACUCCACCUGUUUCCGUAAGGAAGCUGGUGCCCACGGUAAGGAUACCUGGGGCAUUUUCCGUGUCCAUCAAUUUGAAAAGAUCGAACAAUUCGUCUUGACUGCCCCUGAGAAGUCUUGGGAGAUGUUUAACGAAAUGAUUGAACACUCUGAAGAAUUCUUCCAAAGCCUUGGUCUCUCUUAUCGUGUAGUUGCCAUCGUCUCUGGUGCAUUAAAUAACGCUGCUGCCAAAAAAUACGAUUUGGAAGCUUGGUUCCCUUACCAAGGCGAGUACAAAGAACUUGUCUCUUGUUCCAACUGUACAGAUUACCAGUCUCGUAACUUGGAAAUUCGUUGUGGUGUCAAGAAGAUGUCUGACCGUGAAAAGAAGUAUGUCCACUGCCUCAAUUCUACUUUGUGUGCAACAGAGAGAGCUAUCUGUGCUUUGUUGGAAACCUGGCAACGUGAAGAUGGCCUUGAGGUGCCUCCUCCCUUGGUUCCUUACAUGGAUGGCCGUACAUUCAUUCCUUAUGUUAAGCCUGCUCCCAAGCCCGCAAAGAAAUAA